AUGUUUGUGAUGAGAAGGGAGAGUAAGGGGAGGCAGGCCUUGACCAAGGAAGAGGGGAGGGGGUUGAGGGCACAGGUGGAGGUCUUCAUGCUGGAGACUAUGGAGGAUAGGUCCGUUUUAGUGAUUGAACUGAAGGAUGAGACAACAGGUUAUGGAAAUAUCAUGGAGAUUGAAACUACUGGAGCCUCGAUGCAAACAGCUCAGCAGGACAGGCUGCCCAAUUCAGGUGUGAGUGCAUCACACCAGAUGGCAAAGACGGAUGCAGCCAGGAUGGAAAAAUAUAGGGGUACAAUCAACAGAGUGGGAGCAAAAUAUGGAAUCGCUCCAGCUCUCAUUGCUGCCAUCAUCUCCAGAGAGUCCAGGGCUGGAAAAGGCUUAGACGGUGGCUGGGGAGACCACGGCAAUGCCUGGGGACUGAUGCAGGUUGGUGUCAAUCCAUCCGGAGGCAGACGAACUGCAGGUGGUAGCUGGGACAGUGAAGAACACCUCUGCCAAGCCACUGAGAUCUUGGUUCAUUUUAUCAAGCUUAUCCGCAACAAAUUUCCCAGCUGGAGUGCGGAGCAGCAACUGAAAGGAGGGAUAGCGGCCUACAAUAUCGGGGAUGGAAACGUGCGAUCCAUUGAAAAUAUGGAUGUAGGGACAACAGGGGGAGACUACUCCAAUGAUGUGGUUGCCAGAUCGCAGUGGUACAAAAACCAAGGAUCAUUUUGA